AUGACUGGGACUGGACGGGGCCUCUGGAGCGGACCAGUUCGGCCAAGCCACCCACUAUUCCAGCCUCCUCUGGGUGUCACUGUCCCUGUCACGCUCCGUGCUUCGGGGUCUCUCUUCCCUUCACUGCAACCCACUCACCCGCCUCUUCACCUGGCGCUCUCUCUCACCAACUGCACUGCGACUCUUACCCCCCUCCGCUGCCGCUGGGCCUGGAAUCUGCCGAAACACUCACUGCACUGCACACAUUGCGCGUCGCUCGUUCGCUCCCCCUCAUCCAACCUCCCAAGCCAAACCCUUUUCACUUCCUGUGCACCGCGACAAGGAACACUCGUUAUUUCCUAUCCCAUAUCCACCAUACCAGCCCAUACAGAUCAGAUUUGUUCUACCUUACCUCUUCUGUAUCCCAAACCCACUUCUAUCCUCUUGCAGUGCAAUUGUUGCACAUCCCUCUUCCAUCCACAAAGCUUGGUUGCGUUGUCUUCACACCUGUCAGUGAUCCUCCCCAGAUUUCCUCGCUGCCGACUCGUCCGGGCCUGCUGCAACCGCCCCUGCCCGCUGCACUUCUCCGUCGACGCGUCCGUGACAUGUCCGCUCACCUUGCCUUCACUGCCUCAACAAGUUCCUGUCGCGUUCUAA